UGGUCGGAGGGGCGGGCGUGAGACUGUUUCGCGCGAAACUUCCAUUUUUCUUUUUGAGAUGAAGAGCGGUCUCUGGGCUUUCUGCGUUGCUGAAACGUAUUGAUUGAGCUAAACUACACGGCCAUCUGUCUCUCGUUGUCGUUCGGACACGGAUAGCGCCAUGUCUCAGGUCCGAGUCACAGACUUUUUUGCUCAAAGAAAGAAAUGCGCCGGGCCGACGAAAGCGACGAAGAACCACAGCAGCCGAGCCAACAUGACCAGGUCGGCCACGCACAAAGAACCGCUCAGUUCUUCUAUCCACGAUGAGUUUGUCCGAGUUAUCGACGAGGCGGCGGGGUUACAGGACCCAGCUGUUGUGGGGCUAGAUACCAGUCCUCGCACGCCCAAACGGACUUCUGGGGACGCGGAAUUUGAUCUCGGGGCCGCUGUUUUCUCUGCCACGACCGACCACAGCACCGCUAAGAAAAGCCGACCUACCGCUACAAAACUUCCCAGAAACAGCAGAAGGACUGCCCGCAAGCAACUAAUACUCCCGCAGAGCUCUCCACAGCGUCAGGCACCACAGCACAAUGAACAGAUCAGGUCAGACUCUCCCCCACCAAGGGACUCCAGCAAGCAAUCCAUUAAGGCUCCCAGAGGAGGCAGAGUGAAGGCUCUAUCACAAGAGGAACUGUCCACCCUCAAGUCCCGCCUGGAGGGGAUCAAGAAACUGGCUGAGAGUUUAAGCAGCAGCACCUCAUCCCUGACCACUGCCUUAGAGCCCACCACCUCUUCUCCCCCAUCCACCACCCCACUGCCCUUAGACAAAACUUUAUUCCUGCCCACAGCUGAUACCCCUCCAGCCACAACUGGUCCUCACCCUGCCUCACAAGAUGAGGAGCUCAAGAAGACCCUUGCCCGGGCCAAAGCGCUGGCAGUGAAGGCCCAGGAGAGAAAAGAGAAGAGUAAAAUAAGCAAGCCUGCUGAACCUCAGAGUGGUGAGCUGCCUGCGUACCAGAAGUACCACACACUCGCCCAGGCUGUUCCUCCGGGCCUGUCGCUGCCAUAUCAAUACAAAGUCCUGGCUGAGAUGUUUCGUUGCAUGGACACAGUGGUGGCAAUGUUAUUUAACCGCAGUGAGACGCCCACCUUCAUGAAGAUCAAAAAGGGCGUACAGGACAUGAUGCACAAGCGCUUUGAGGAAAGCCAUGUGGGCCAGAUUAGAACCGUGUUUCCUGAGGCAUACACUCUGCGUCAGGAGAAGAACAUCCCUACCUUCAACAACGGCAUCAAGAAGGGCUCAUAUCAGCUAACUGUGGAGCCUGUCAUCACAUGUGAUGAGGGGGAGUUGAGGACCACCCUGACAGCUACACGCCUGCUAGAGCGCCGACACAUUUUCCACCACAACUUGGUGUCCUUGGUCAAACAGCAUCACAAGGCCUUCCUGUCAUCACUUGACCCUCCUUUGUCAGUGCCUGAAGACAAACUCACCCGCUGGCACCCACGUUUCAAUGUGGACACUGUUCCACCUAUACCAGACAGUCCUUUGCCACAGCCCCCCCAGACAGAGAGCCUGACCACGGCCCAGGAGGUGCUGGACAAAGCCCGUGCACUCAUGACUCCAAAGAUGGAGAGGGCUUUGGUGUCAGUGGCCUUAAAAUCAGCUGAGAAGACUGAGAAUAAAGAAGCUUCUGUGCCUAGCUGUCUGACCCCCACCCAGAGCCCUGUAGCCUUAAAGGGCGUGUCCCAGUCCCUCCUGGAGCGAAUUCGUGCCAAAGAGGCUCAGAAGCUUCAGGCGGCCAUGACCCGUAACCCAGUGCAGGAUGAGCGACUGCUGAUGAUGUCGCGUCUCUGUGAACUUGCCCGAAUCCUUCGCAAUGUCUUUGUGGCUGAGAAGAAACCGGCACUAAUCAUGGAGGUGGCCUGCAACAGGAUGGUUGCCAGUUACACAUCUGCUCUGAGCACAGGUGAAAUGGAGAAGCACAUCAGAUUGCUGGCAGAGGUAGCAUCCGACUGGCUUACGAUCAUUCCGAUCAGAAAGGAUUUUUACCUCAAGUUAAACAAGAACACAGAGCUGAGUGUGGUACAGAACAAACUGCGCACUAGGCUUAAGGAAGAGGAGAGCCUGUAAUGACUACCAGCUGUUUUUACAAAUUUUCUACAGUGUAGAAGAGACAUGUUUGCAAUUUUUCAUUGUAUUUUUAUGAUGCUGGGAGAAACGUCAUUGGAGGACAAUGGAGGUCCGUUCUUAUUUUUAGGACCAGUUUUAUUGAAAAUCAAGAAAAGUAUUGCAGUUAUUGCUCUGAUUGUAUAUCAAAUAAACAAAUACACUGCUGUA